AUGAAGAGAAAAUGGCUUAUCGUGGGGUUCGCCUCGAUGGGCGUCUGCCUCGCUGUGGGACUCGGAGUCGGCCUUGGUGUCGAUUGGGACAAGGCCGACGACGGUGCAAUUGACGAAGAGGUCUCUCCGACGCCCUGGGAAGACAGCUUCAGGCUUCCCUCUUACGUCAAGCCCAUCAACUACAACAUCGAGCUCUUCCCCGACCCUGUGGCGGAUAUUUCCUACGGUAGUGAAACGAUUACGGUCAAUAUCGAAAAGCGAACGCAAAAUAUUGUUCUUCACGCACUCGCCGACCUGACGACCAUCAACGAAGCAACUAUUUCUGUCGAACAAGAGGGCCUCUCACCAGUCGUUACCAACACCUUCUACUAUGACGAAAAUAGAGAGCAGUUUUUCGUCAUCCAAUUGGAAAACAAGCUUGAGAUCGGCGAGGCGCACAUCUAUCUCGAGUGGCAAGGGCCUCUUGUCAGUACUCUUGUUGGAAUUAACAAAGUCAACUACAAGGAUGGUGGUGAGGACCGAUACAUCAUUGCUACAAAAUUUGAGCCUACCUAUGCACGUGAAGCGUAUCCGUGCUUUGACGAGCCAGCUAUGAAAGCUACUUUCAACUUGGCGAUGUACCACGAAGAAGGCUACAGUGCUUUGUGGAAUAUGCCUGUCGAUGGAGAGCCAGAAUGUGACUGCGAAGGCUGCAACGCAAGUUAUAAAAAAUGCAAAACUGUAUUCCAACAAUCGCCAAUUAUGGGAACUUAUCAGCCGACGUUUAUCUGGCAUAAAAUGUGCAACGAGUCCGGAGAAGGCAAAAGAGCUGAUGGCACUAAGAUUCCCAUCCGCGUUUUCGCAGCCUGUGACAAGGUGGAGCAAGUUGCGCAUGCAAUGAAGGUGCAGCAACACGUCACCACCUACUUUGAGGAUCUCUACAAACUUCCAUAUGAGCUUCCUAAAGUUGACCUUAUCGCAAUUCCCGAUUUCGUAACCGGCGCAAUGGAACAGUGGGGACUUAUCACUUAUAGAGAAACCUCCUUGCUCUAUGAUUCUGAUGCCGGUGCUACUAGUCUUAAACAGAGCAAAUCUUCAACCAUUUCCCACGAAUAUGUGCAUCAAUGGUUCGGCAACUUGGUAACUUGUAAAUGGUGGGACAACAUCUGGAUUCAAGAGGGACCUGCUACCUUUUGGUCUCAAGAAGGAAUCGAAGAGGCCUAUGAAAAUGAGCCCUGGGACAUGCAAAAACAGCAAAUUUACCAAUCAAUCACCUACUCGCUCAACAGAGAUGUCUCAGUUGCCGGCCGUCCAAUCGUUAGCGAAGCUAGAAAUCCAGACGAGAUCACUGCCGCCUUCGACUGGGUCAUCUACGACAAGGCUGCCUCGAUUAUCUACAUGCUGCGAGAAGCAAUGGGCAAAGACUCUUUCGAUAAAGCGACGACUAACUUUCUUACGGAGUUUCAAUUCAAAGCUGCCGAUGAGCUGGACUUUAUCACCAGCUACCAAAAACAAGCGGAUGCGGACAACAUCAUGAUCGGGAGCAAAAAGCUCGACAUUAAAGCCCUGAUGCAUCCUUUCUUGAAACAGGCUCUGUAUCCACUUCUGACCGCGAAACUUGACGGGAACAACAUUGUCAUAACUCAGGGUGACAGACCAUUCCUUCACAAUGCAGACUCCACGCUCCCAGAAGCUGAGUACAACUUCAAGUACUCGCUCGUUGUAACUUCAAACAACAACGAUACGGAAUGGCUUGAUGCAAGUGAAUCUCAGAUAACACUUCCGAAACCUGCCGGAGAUAUCCCAUUCAAAUUAAACUAUGGACAGAAAGGAUAUUAUCGAGUAAAAUAUGAAGGUGCGCUUUACACGGAGUUGGUAAAUAGUCUUGCCAGUGGAAAACUCGAUGAAAUGGAUCGAAUGGGUAUUGUAGAUGAUGCUUUCAAUUUGGCCAUCUCUGGAGAUAUCAGCUACUCAGAUGCUCUUGAUACUGUGGACUACAUCGCUAAAGGAAGUGAAGACUCGUACUACGUCUGGGGAGUAUUUGGGUCACGCACUUCGUAUAUGCGCACGAUGUUGUCCGGCACCGAGACGGGAGAUAAGUUCAUCGCAUACUUCAAGAAAGCGGUCAGUGAGCAAUUCGAGCGUUUUGGAUUCGAAGUUAAAGAUACCGACUCGCAUAUUCACAAAAAAAUGCGAUCAAAUAUUGUCUCGCUCUCGGUUUCCUUUGGAGUCGAAGAGGCUGCUGUGCAGGCAUCAGCAAUCUACAGCGAGUGGAAAAAUUCAAACGGCGAUGUUAGCAAACGACCGCACCCAGACGUUGCUGGAACCGUCUAUAAUCUUGGCGUAUCGAGCGGCAGUUAUGAAGAUUGGGAAUUUAUGUACGAACAAUACACAAAAGAACUGGUCGCAGACGAGAAGAAAAAAUACAUGCGUGCUAUGGCUGCGACUGAAAACGUCACCACAAUCGACUACAUGCUCAACACGUUAGCUAUGGACAAGACGAUUAUUCUAGAGCAGGAUUUCUUCACAUUUAUCAAUUACAUCUCGUACUCAAGUGUCGGCGAGAAGAUGGCCUGGGAUUGGGUCAGAGUUCACUGGGCAGAGCUUGUUGAGCGAUUCGGAACCAACGAUAGAAAUUUCGGCCGUCUUGCACCCAAUAUUGCCAAUGACUUCAAAACAGAGUACGGUCUCUGGUCAGCGGACGAUUUCUUCAAGGUAACUGAAGCUGACGCCGGCGCCGGUGAGGGUCCACGAAAAUCAACUCUUGCCCAAAUCGAUUCCAAUAUCGAAUGGAUCAAGAACUACGAAUCUGAUAUUUUCAAUUGGCUAGAAGCUCACGAUGCUAGAGAAUAA